AUGUCCCAACCUCUCUUCGCAUCUCCUAUAUCAUCAGCAUCCUCUUCACCAUAUUCUGGCCUGAAGCGCCGUGACACAUAUCCUGUCGGCUCUUCCACCUCCAAUUAUCACAAUCGUCUCUGCCAUGUCACCUCCUUCCCCCAUGUCGUCCGCGAUCUCGACCUCGAAAACGACCGCCUGGCUCGCGCCUGUGGUCUGCUACCGCCCAUGGGUUACUCCGGCCGAUCUUCUGCCUCACGUUUCCGUCAGCAGAAGUCGCGCUCGUCUUCCUCGCCUCGCUUUGAUGAUUCCGAAUCUGGCUCGCCACAACGCAAAGCAUACCCAUCAGCGCCCAGAAUUCAUUAUCGACGCCUUCUACCUGUUCUCGACGAAGUACUUCACGCGCAGGGAUUGGAGAUGAGGGCUGCGUUGAACGAAGAGGAUGUUGGCUACUCAUGGGAGAAGGACAUGUUGUUGAGGGAACGAAGGAGUAUGGGUCACACCACCCUGUCAACUGCGCCACACGGUGACAAGACUGCAGUCUUCUCCACCUCGUUGGAUGAGUGCCCCGUUGACGCAUUUUCCACUACCACAAUCCGAGGGUACCGUCAUGACCUUCCCACCAUCGUCUCCACUUGCAUCGAAGAACUCUACCGAACAGGAAUAUACCGUCCAGGGCUCUUUCGCGACCUCCCGAAUCGUCUUCGCCUCGUGUCCCUCAUCGAAACCUUCAACGCCCCUCCCUCCUACGGCCAAUCCAUCUCCGUUCGCACCGAAUCCACAGCCGACAUCUGUGCCCUCCUCACCACAUACCUCAACUCCCUUCCCCAACCGCUUAUUCCACCUUCACUCUUCACUUGCUUCUGGCAGUGGUGCGUCCUCCCGAGCGUCCGUCGCGAAGAAACACGCGACCAGUAUACCGCUUCGCAAUGGAUCAUGGCGUGGGCCAGCCGCGACGAGGACGAAGAGUUCUCAAAGGCGGAGAUCGCUGUGGCACAGAUACUGCUGCAUCUCCUGCCCACGAACCAGCUCUCGCUUUUCGCCUAUCUCUGUGCGUUCUUCACCCAGGUCCCGUUAUGUCCCGAGAACGGGAUCACGUUUGAGGAUAUCGGCGGGUUGUUUGGGGAGGCAUUGGUUGGCGGGGAGGAUAGGAGUCAGGGGAAGGAGUUGUUGGUGUGGUUUUUGAGAAGGUGGAGGACGAUUUCGGAAGGAUUGCUGGAUGGGGAGGAAUCACUUUUCGACGGGCUGGAGAAUAGUCUUAGUGCCCUGAAGAGGAACGGUGGCGGUGGCGUAAAGGUCGAGGCUGUGGACGUUGAUCGCGUGGAUGCUGGCUCUGCGUUGGCCGGCAGUCCCAUGGAUUGCGCAGAGGAGUCGACGUGGAGGGGUAGCAGUGUCGGCCAGUCAGAGACGGGGGAUUGGUCUUCGUCCGAGGAGUGGACGAGCGUGGAGUCAGGAUUCUCGAUUUCGUCCACCGACGAAUCCUCGCCUGGAGUCGACGAAACUCACAAGGACGUCUCGAAAUGGACGGGGAACGGAGGUGUGCAGAUCUAUAGUUCGCCGGUCGAGAUGAAGGGCAGCCUGGGGCUUCCAGAUCUCGAGGGUGGUCUGGGCGUAUGGGGUCCUGGAUGA